AUGGUUACGCUGUCACUCAAAGUAACCAGAUACGCUUUGAGGUGGCUCCCUGGCAAAGUCAAGCCGAUUGUUCCCCUCGCGCAGCCCGCCUUCCCAAUACUGCAGCAGCCAAACGGAGCGCGCGUGGGAGAGUUUGGGGAGUUGCAGAAUCACGCAGCCCAAGGAUGGCGCCAGAGACGCAGCCUACGGGGCUCAUGCGCACUCAGCCCUCUCCACUGCGCACGGGACACACCACACUCCUGUGAGAUUGUUCAAACCCAAUGUUGCUCUGUUAGAAACAUCUUUUUGAAGUUCAGCGUGUCUUGCCGAGUGUUUGUCGCGGCACUCAGUUCUGUGUGUGAGAAGUUUUCCACCGACUCUGCAGCAUUGCAAAUCACAUGUCAGGAAGGUGUCAGGUCUCAUUGUGGACUGCUACUCUUCAAACUCUUCAUCAGCGUGUGUCUGAGUCUCGUGGCCUGCGGGGACGACCCUCCGAGGACAGAUCAAAAGACGUCCCCCCCCACCCCACCCCCACACUGGACGCUAGACCUAAUCAAAGGACCACCCUGA